UUUACACGGAAGUCAGUGGCGUCUAGUUCCAUCCGCUUCUGGGAGCCGGCAACCGGCCUCCCUGGGCUGACCUGCGCCCCUCGGUUCUGAGCCUGUGUUCCCCUAGAGGGUGCCCGGACAGAUUGAAGCCAUGGCCAUUCUUUUUGCUGUUGUUGCCAGGGGAACCACUAUCCUUGCCAAACAUGCUUGGUGUGGAGGAAACUUCCUGGAGGUGACAGAGCAGAUUCUGGCAAAGAUACCUUCUGAAAAUAACAAACUAACAUAUUCACAUGGCAAUUAUUUGUUUCAUUACAUCUGCCAAGACAGGAUUGUAUAUCUUUGUAUCACUGAUGAUGAUUUUGAACGUUCCCGAGCCUUCAAUUUUCUGAAUGAAGUAAAGAAGAGGUUCCAGACUACUUAUGGUUCAAGAGCACAGACAGCGCUUCCAUAUGCCAUGAAUAGCGAGUUCUCAAGUGUCCUGGCUGCACAGCUGAAGCAUCACUCUGAGAAUAAGGGCCUAGACAAAGUGAUGGAGACUCAAGCCCAAGUGGAUGAACUGAAAGGAAUCAUGGUCAGAAAUAUAGAUCUGGUAGCUCAGCGAGGAGAAAGAUUGGAAUUAUUGAUAGAUAAAACAGAAAAUCUUGUGGAUUCAUCUGUCACCUUCAAAACAACCAGCAGAAAUCUUGCCCGAGCCAUGUGUAUGAAGAAUAUCAAGCUCACCAUCAUCAUCAUCAUCGUAUCAAUUGUGUUCAUCUAUAUCAUUGUAUCAUCUCUCUGUGGUGGAUUUACAUGGCCAAGCUGUGUAAAGAAAUAGGAACGAAAAAGUUUUCAUUAACCAAGAAUAUAAGAGACAAAGGAAUUAGAAACAAUCCAUGUGACUCAAGCCUUUCACUACUCAGAAAAUUGUCUGCCUGUCUCUUCAACCCUUUUUUUCACUUUGUCUUGUUUCAAUCUUGUUCUAUGCCUUCCAGAUUUUUCUUUGUU